GUCUCCCUGCAGACAUUUAAAAUCUCAGCUGCAAGCAGAAAUCUGAGCCCGAGCGCUCGCAGAAAAAAAGAGCUGCCUUUCCUCAUCUUGCAUUGGUCUUCAUAUAUCUAGGAGACAAAAAAAGAGUCCGAAGCGAAGCAGAGAACGAAAUAUUUGUGUGUUACUUGGCUGAUUUCUGACUUGUAGUCUUAAUAAAAAACCCUGAUUUCCCUCCUUCGCUUCCCUUCAGCCCGAACCCUGUCUUGUAUCUAAUCAUCAUCUCUGCACCCUCCUGCUCUGACCCUCUACGUUUGCAUCCCCCCAAAACCCUCCUCUGUAUUCUCGUCCAGCGCCUUGGGACUUUUUGCAUCCACUGGGAUGAGCAGAUGAGCUCUCGGUUUAACAUUUCAUCCCAGAAAACUGCACUUCUGAUAGUACUGCACUUAACCAAUACUGUACGAGAGUGUCAGCCCAGAUUUUUGCACUCAAGUUUCUGAAAUGGAACUUGAAUCAACUGGUUCAGGCAAGCCUGUUACGGGCUGAGCUACAGCUGACUCUUCAACUAAAUCUCUAAAGAUCAUUCAUGAAGUCAAAAGAGAUUCACUGAGCUGAUUUCUGAGAUGAGGAGGGUUAAUUAUGCAGAAAACCUGAACAGGGUGCCAGUAUUUCUGUGUGAAAACAGAGUGCCUCCGAACAUCAGAAUGAAUAAAUCAGACUCCAAAGUGGCUGAAGGGGGACUGAACAUCAUGCUUACUAUCCGCCUACUUAUGCAUGGAAAGGAAGUUGGAAGCAUUAUUGGAAAGAAAGGAGAGACAGUGAAAAAGAUGAGGGAGGAGAGCUGUGCAAGAAUCAACAUUUCAGAAGGGUCCUGUCCAGAACGCAUUGUAACAAUAACAGGCCCAACAGAUGCUAUUUUCAUGGCCUUUUCAAUGAUAGCACAUAAAUUUGAAGAGGAUAUAAAUUCUUCAAUGACAAAUAGCACAGUGACAAGUAAACCACCUGUGACAUUACGUCUAGUUGUUCCAGCAAGCCAAUGUGGCUCUCUCAUAGGGAAAGGAGGUUCAAAGAUCAAAGAAAUCCGUGAGAAUACAGGAGCCCAGGUGCAGGUAGCAGGUGAUAUGCUUCCAAACUCCACUGAACGUGCAGUUACUAUUUCUGGCACACCAGAUGCCAUUAUUCAAUGUGUAAAGCAGAUCUGUGUGGUGAUGCUGGAGUCCCCACCCAAAGGCGCUACUAUUCCCUAUCGCCCAAAACCUGCCUCUGCACCCGUCAUUUUUGCAGGUGGCCAGGUAAGAGCAGACACCAUUUUGGCUUCUGCAGGAAACCACAGCGUCUUGGCCCAACAUCAGUCAGCGCCUGCAUACACAGUUCAGGGACAGUAUGCAAUUCCUCAUCCUGACUUGACCAAGCUUCACCAGUUGGCUAUGCAGCAUACCCCUUUUACUCCCCUUGGGCAGACCACCCCUGGUUUCCCUGCAGCAGGAUUGGAUGCCACUGGUCAAACCAGUUCCCAUGAGUUCACUAUUCCAAAUGAUUUAAUAGGAUGUAUCAUUGGCAGACAAGGGAGCAAAAUAAAUGAAAUCAGGCAGAUGUCAGGAGCACAGAUCAAGAUUGCCAAUGCAACAGAAGGUUCCACAGAGCGACAGAUUACCAUCACAGGAUCUCCUGCUAAUAUUAGCCUGGCACAAUACCUAAUAAAUGCAAGCUUAGAGAUGGCUAAAGUCAGCACCCAGACUGCUUCCGUCACGAACCCUGUUGACCUGAACGUGAACCUCUCUCAGUCUGCCACCCCUACCUCAACCCCCACCUCUGUGGCUGUUAUGGCAGCAGCAGCUGCCUCCAUGGUUAAUGUGAAUACCUCGUCUCCUUUACCAACACCCCACUAUGCUGUUCCUGUUUCCAAUCUGCUUGGCAUGAAAACUGUCCCGCUCCUGGCACUUAAUGCCACAGCUGCUAUGGGUGUCCCUGGGAAUCUAUCUGCUUAUACUCCUAAAAUUCCUUCAACAAGUGGGGUUAAGAAAUCUGACCGGCAGAAGUUUGCUCCAUACUGAAGUAAUGUGAAGGCGGUUUUCAAGUCUCUCCCAAAUCAAUAGCUAAUAAUAGAUACUAAGGAAGCAUUUUAAAUGUUUAUCAUUUCUAACAGUUGAGAUCUAAAAUUGUCUUUCAUGUUCCAUUACUAUUAACAAUAUGAUGCAAUUAGUUCCAACAGCUAAUUGACAUACCACAUAAUAAAAUAUUUCUCACAGUCUAAGACAAAAUGGUAAAGAAUAUGAGGUGCACUGUUUUUGUAAGUAAUAUUAGGCAAAAACAAACAAGUAUGAAUUAUUUCACAGUAGAGAAAUUAUCACAAUUUUCCACUGGAGAAGAGAAGCAUUAGAACAAGUCAAACACAGAAAAAAGUUGAAGGAGAAUGAUAAACGUUGUGAGUUAAAUUUUUAUCUUCACUGUCAGAGAGCAAUCUAUAAAGUGGAAUGUACUGGCUAUGGCCUCACAUCACCACUGGUAAUCAGUGGUGUCCUGCUGCAACCGCUCCUUGGAGCCUGAGUGAGGUUAAAUGUCAAUCUGGCAAUUAAUGUGAGAACCACUCCCAUUUCCUAAUUCCCACCAUUCUCCCCUCCACCUCACCAACAACCCCUCCUCGUGAAUCCCAUCUGGCACUAUUCACCUGUUUCCAGGGAUCCAGAGAUGGUCCUUGAUGAAGGUGUUGGAGCAUUACUAGCCACACCCACUACCCUCGGCAGUGCUAUUGCAAUACAGAGUUGCUACCCCUGAUUGGCUUGUGGCCUUCAGCCAGUACUGAAGACAUAUGCACCACAACUUGUGACCCUAGCCAAGCUGUUCCAGUACAGGUUUUUUUUAGAUUCAAUUACUUACAGCGUGGAAACAGGCCCUUCGGCCCA